AUGACCAGUAAGCAGAUGCUUAAAAUGGAAAAAUCACUUUAAAAGUCAGCUCUGUUCAAAGACUUCAAUGAGAAAAUUUUGAUGUAUAUACUUGAACCCAUCAAUGUGAUUACAAUUUCUUUUCUAAGAGGAGUUUGUAAGAAGUUUAACUACAUUAUAUGCAAGAAAUCAAAUGAGUUCAACUACUUCGAUUCUCUCAAUAUCGUUUCAUCAAUUACAAACAUUCACCUGCUCAAGAUUUUGCAGAAGUUCUCAAACAUCUAGACUUUUAAAAUUCAACCUAAGAUCACGACCUCAGAGCUCUCAAGGUUUCUAGACAUCAUUAGACCCACAAUAAAGGAAUUCUCAACUCAAGACUCUCAUAUAGAUUUCUCUAAGCUGUUUAGAACAAUCAAACUGCCUAGCUUGUAGAGAUUCAUUUUCUCUAACACUAAGAAGAUUAUUCAAGAUGUUGAUAUCAGAUCUCUGGUUGAGGGUUGCCCGAACCUUACUUACUUAGAUCUUUCUAAUGUCCCAUCAAUAGACAAUAGAUUAAUUUCAAAGGCAUUAGAGAAGUUACCAAAACUAGAGACUUUUAUACUACUCAAAAAUGUGAACAUCAACUAUGAAAUAUUCUUGGUUUUAUCUCUUAAUUGUCCAGUUCUGAAACACUUAGAGAUUGGAGGAUUGUCAAAUGAAUUUAAUAAUAACAUCACUUAUGAAGGUAUUGAGAGCUUAACCAAAUUGAAAUCUAGACUAAGAAAGAUUAAAUUCGAGUACUGUGGUAAGAUUGGAGAUAUGAGUAUCUAAACACUUGUUUAGCACUUCGGUUCAAGUUUAGAGGAAUUCUCAGUCAUCAGAAACUAUUUUGAAAAAGUUGCGAAAAUAAGUGAUGAUUGUCUAAAGGUAUUCCAGCAUGCCCCUAAUCUAAGGAAGCUUGAAAUCGUGUAUUCUAGAAAAUUUGAUGAAAAUAUCGCCAUAUAUCUAUCAAAGUACUUUACUAAUUUGCGUAUUCUGAAUCUUUCAGGUUGUCCAAUUCAAGUUAGUCUUGAACCUCUUAAUUAUGGUUGCCCUUAUCUUGAUGAGCUCAAUCUAUCAGGUGAUUCUUGGGUCAAGAAAAUAUGCUUACUAGGAGUUGCUAAACAUAAGAAUCUAUCAGUGUUUCAUCUAGGCCACUUUGAACACUCUGAUUUCAAAUGCCAAAGUGUGGCUUGUGAAUUUCCACCUAAAGGUUUCUAUAUUGCUGGUCUUUUUGAAAAGCCAGAUAACUUUGUAAACUUAAAAAUUCUAUACUUGGAAGAAAAUUGCGAUCUCAGUGAUUUCUUAGUUGAGAAGAUUAGCAAGAUUAGAAACAGGCUUUUGAUUAGAUUCAAUAGAAAUGAAAGUCUCAUCGGAGAAAGUCUAGACAUUAAUGAUGACGAAAAUGACUGA